UUACAAGCUCCAGCAAUGGAAACUUGGUCAGUUGAUCAGGUCUGCUGUUGGUUGGUGGAGAAAAACUUAGGAGAGCUAGUUCAUAGGUUUCAAGAGGAAGAAAUAAGUGGGGCUGCCCUUCUAGCACUUAAUGAUCGAAUGGUUCAGCAACUGGUCAAGAAAAUUGGGCACCAGGCUGUUCUGAUGGACCUAAUUAAAAGAUAUAAGCAGAAGAAUCAAGAGCUGAAGUCUCUUGGAAGCCCUAGAGAAACAAGACUGGUCACACAAAAGGAUGGACUUUACCUUGCGAAUGAACAGUCCUCCAGUCCAGCCAACUGUGGGGAACAGAUGUCAUCUUUCUAUCAGGCUGAAAACCUUGAAAAUGGACUAAUUGACCAAAGAGUGCUGAAACAGAGAAGAAAUGUUAAACAUGUUCUAGCAAGGAAUAAAGCAUUGCAGUGGACUAAGUCCUAUGUUUUACCAGAGUUUCCCUAUGAUGUCAAAUGCAUGUUGGCAGAACAGAAGUGUCCUGAUCACAGCAUGAGAAUAAGGAUCAUUGAGUUUCUUCAGGCCGACAUGACCAAGUACCUGGAAGGCUCACUGUACCCUUCCACCCAGCAGUAUAACGAUGUGGUCAACACUCUGCUGCAGGCCCAUCCUUUCCUGGAUGAGGACGGCUGUGGCUUUUUUUUAUGGAAGAGAGCCCUCAAAGAUCGUUUUAAAUAUGUCCGAAGACCCAUAGAAGAUGAUGAACAGGUGAUGAGAAAUAAGUGUAAAUUUGGACAUCGAAGAGGCCAGACAAGGAAACCUCUUGUUGAUAUAAGAGUUGACGAAAUUAAAAUUGUCCAGAUAAAAGAGGAAACUGUUUGUUUUGAUCCUGAGGUAGAUGAACAUAUUAGCUGGUUCCAGCAAGAAUAUGAGAAAAUAGAGAAGGAUUGGAGAGAAAUUGAUAAGAGAAUGAGCCAGACUUUGGAAAUAAGAAGAAAGUUGAUCAGCAGCAGAACACCUCUCAAGGACAUUCUUAAAAUGUUUCCUUUCUUGAAGUGCCCUUAUCAGAUGUUCAGAGAAUUCCAACUUCUUACAAGAACAGAUAUUUAUAAGAAAACAAAGCACAUCUUGGAAUCCUAUUCAGAAAAUAUACUGACAUCUUUCUCAGUGGUGGAUAAUCCCAUUAAUAUUGCAUUGCAAGAAAAAAUGAAACAGCAUACAGAUGAAGAUAUGUUGAAAUAUAUGAAGAUGACAGCCACAUGUCUACUCCUACCAGAUGUUUUUGGUGAUGAUUCCAGCCUUUAUGUCAUUGUCAAUGAGAAGGUGGAGGUAUCAACGCCUGUGUUAGAAGUUAAGAACCCUUUCAACAUUGACAUCUGCGAAUUUUCUUUGUAUUUAGAAAAAGAGAGGCUCACAAAGGUGGAUGACUGUGUUACUGCUUUGGCUGCUUUUAUAGCUGCCUUUCAUGUGUUUGGGAUUGAGUGUCCAAGAAGGCUAUCCCAAACCCUCAGCUUCCUAGAGACGCUGAUUUUUGGAAUGCAGAGUCCUUAUUUUCCUUCUAUAAAAGAACAAGAAAUAGGAGUUCAGAAUCCAGUCACUUAACAGAUGCCAUGGUUCCUGUCAAAGCUGAUCUCUGGGAAGCUUAAACUUUAUAGAAAAUUGUGUUGAAUUAGGACUGGAUUGUAGUACAGGUAGAUGUUAGGAAAUCAUCUGAUGUCAAAGACGCCUUUUUACCCUUACACUUACAUAAUUAAG